UUACGUCACUUCCUGGCGGGGUUUCGAACAGCGGAUGUAAACAAAGGCAGCGACCUAGCGGCGUUAUUAUUAUUAUUAUUAUCGAAAUCAUUAGAUCGACCGCUGCUUUUAUUUAGAUAACACGUCAGCCUCAUUAUACAAGGUUUUGUGAUGGACUCAUCCAACAACAUGGGGACCCUCAACCACAUGGUGAAGACCGUGACACUGAGUGACUGUCCUGCUGCUGACAGCUCCAGCGGACAGAAGGACACCUCGCUUACAGACAUGCUGAGAAUAAAACGGCAGAUGUCCAACCAGUGCUUCGAGAUGGCAGUGCAGCUCCAUGCAGGAAAAAGUAAGAGAUCAUGCAGCGCAUCUGAAGCUGAGAGAGACUUGCCAGAUUACGUCAAUGAGCUGGAAAGAGUCAAGGCAAUUCAUUUUAACAGCACGCUGACACUGCACAGAAUGCAGAUGUGGCACGCUAUUGGAGAAAAACUGAAGCAGAACGACUCAGAAGCAGACGCCCUGAAAGCUGUGAAUGAUCGCUGCAUGACUCUUUGUUCACACAUAAAACAACUUCAGCAAGAUUCAAGAGAUCUUCAAGAUGAAAUCACAGAAAUACAGAAGAAGAGGCUUGGGAUGAAGCGGCUCACGCAUGAGAAAAUGAAAGAGAUCGAAGAGCUGAUGUCCAAGAAAGAGCACCCGGAUACGGAGAAGUUCAAAGUCGUCAUGGAGAAAGGCCAGGCGAACCUAGAGAAAUAUAAAAAGAUGACCGUCAUGACACAGAACGUCCUGAGGGGCAUCUUCUUGGCCUGCAAAGUGAACUGGCUGGACGAUCCCAAACUUCGAGACAUUGCCAUGACGCUGGAGGAGUUUCCCAUAUCUGACUAGAGAAGGGAUCCAUUCAUGUCAUAUUUAUAUGUGUCUGUGUUUUAUUGUCUAAUAAAUAAUCAACUAAACUGAA